CUUAUUCACCGUUUAACAAUCUACGCUGACCACGGGAAAAAGAAUGACACCAUAACAGCCGGCCGUCAUAAUCAUCCAUCAUGCCAAACAGCAGCAGGACCCUGGACGAUUUUACUGUUCCGGAGGAAGUGCGGGAGAUGGUGACGCAGCACCGUCCGCGCAUUGAGCACCUCUUUGGAGUAGAGCUGAACAUCCUGGGGGUGCCGGGGUCAGUACAGAGCCCCAACAGAGACCCCCAGGGGGCAAGGAAGAUCUGGUUGCAGCUUCAGGGACACAGAGACAGCCUGCAGAGGGCAAAGGAAUAUAUCAAAGGUCUCUGUGCCCCAGAGCUGAGUGAGGAGGUCCAUUACUCCAAAGACAUGCAGUGCAUAUUUUCAGGAGCCCAAGGCUUGUUCCUGGACUGCCUCACCCAAGGGACUUCUGCUCACCUUACCGAGGUUCGCCCGGGGGCUCUGUUGAUCUCAGGCUUGGCUGAAGCUUUCGUCAUGGCCCAGAGCCGGAUCCAGGAAUUCGUGGAAAAACACCAAAAGAACCCCAAGCUGCCCGAGGAGCGCGAAGCGCAGGUCAAGCGAACCUUCCGGGAUUUGGUGGAGAACUACGACGACAAGCACGCGAUGGACCUCUUGAUCUUGCCCACUGCAGUCAAGGAAGAGUUGCUUAACUUGGUGAAGGAGAUUCGAGAAGCGUCCCCUAGCUUUGGAGAAAACUCUUCACUGGAGUCGGAAACGGGGACUCUGGCUGCUGGGGGCAGUGGGCUUGAGCCACAAAAAAGGCUUCAGAAUACUCUUGGCACACCCGCGGGACUCUGCAGAAUCCAAGAUCCGAUCAGAACGAACAGUUCAGGUGUUGAUAUGCCUGCGGGCUUUCCUAGCCCUCCAGAAUCUCCUCAGAAAUCCCAAGGUCCAACACAGCCACACGGCUCUGCUAGGUUUCGAGAUGUUAGGACUAGCUUGCCCCCCAUGGCGGAUAGGCCUCAAGAACAAUCUCUUCCUCAGGCGUCGAGGAUUGGCUUCCCCCAAGGCUUGGCUGCGUCCGAAUGGCAUGCUAGGCCUCAGGACUUCAUGUCCAGUUUAAACGGUCCUCAGGCUUGGCCCGAGACCACGGCCGCGCUGAGACCAGCGCUUCCUAGGAGUUCUCCUAAACCCAUCCCAGGUGCAAAGACUCCUCCUAAGGCUCCGUUUUUUCCAGGUCUAGUAGAGUCUCGGGAAGAGAACCCAAAGGAAAGGAGAGACAGUCUCUCUAGGAGGGAGCCGAGCCCAGCUAGCUUGCCAGAGAUGAGUGAGGAGCAGCCAUCGUCGAAUGUCCAGCUGUCAUCCUGGACUGAGAAGGAGUUCAGAAUGAGGCUCAACUUCUUCAAAACCAUGGGCUACGAGGAGCAGGUGGUCAGGAAGGUCUUGUUGGAAGGUGGGGUCCGGGAAGCUCCUUCGACCAUCCUGGACAGGGUCCAGAUGGCCGAAGCAAGCCUAUCCCAGCAAGAAAACAUGGGCCUCCCUCGGCUGGAGCUGGGAGGAAAGGGGCCUUCUCCCUCUCCCCCAGAACAAAAACAGGACGAGAACGAAUACGUCCGGGAACUCAUCAAGGCCGCCGUGGCCAACUGUGGCCACUCGCCGAGUGAGAUCCCCACAGAGAUCCAGACUGGAGCCCCACUGGCCGAUCUGCUGAGGCGGCUGCAUGAGAAGGGGGAGCAAGUGAACGAAACGGAGGGUGCCGCGGAGACUUCAGCUGCAAAACUGGAACCAGAAGAGCCGUUUGGAAUCCGGAGCGCCUCCACCUCGGAUGAAAGGGAGUCUCAUCAGCAGAGACCUGGCUGGGAAGCAAGCCGUGGGUCCCCUUUCCGUGAGGGUACCUGGGUGUCCCCAGUUCACCCAGAGGUGGCCGCUUCCCCUUCGGGCUCUUCCCCCGCUGUUCACCCCACGUUUGCCCCAUCAGAGGCUAUGGGGAGUUUUCCCACCCAGAGCCCCAGCUUAGGGCCUUCCCAGAAAAGUUCUGUUCCCACGGUAACUGGAGCUCAGCGCUUCGAGGAGGCUCUCCAGACUGAGUUCCAGCUCAGGCUGCUUGAUGUCCCAGGCAAGAAGAACCUACGGGGGGUCAUCAUUGAUGGCAGCAAUGUCGCCAUGAUGCAUGGGCUCAAGCAGUUCUUCUCUUGCCGGGGGAUUGCGCUAGCGGUACAAUAUUUUUGGGAUCGUGGGCAUCGCGAAGUGAGCGUGUUGGUACCUGAGCAUCGAAUGGAAGAAUGUCCCAACGUGAGAGAGAAACACUAUAUGGACGAGCUAAUAAAACUGAACAUCCUCUCUCUCACACCAUCACGUAAAAUAGAUGGGAAAGGCGUUGUGCCGUACGAUGACAGGUUGAUGCUCAGGCUUGCGGAACAAACUAACGGUGUCAUCGUCACCAACGACCAGUUCAGGGAUCUUGCAAAAGAGUCCAAGAAGUGGGCCAGGAUCAUCAAGGAAAGCCUUCUCCAGUACAUCUUCGUGGGGAACAUCUUCAUGGUUCCAGAUGACCCCUUGGGCCGUGAGGGACCCACCUUAGCAGAAUUCCUGAAGAAAAGUCCCGGGACCAAGGCUAUGAACUGUCACUCCUUCAGCGGCCGUUCGGUGCCCACCCCUGUGCCGAUGCGGCCUGCCUCGCAGACGGAAGUCCUUCAGCUGAGAGACAGGAGGCCACCGGGUGGGUUGUCCGGCAGUCCAAAGAGAGGCGCCACCCCAGAGAAGGAGAGGCUUCGGCCUAAAGCAGAGACCGAACGGCUGAGGAGGGAACUUCUAGAGAUCUUUGUGGAUCAGGACAAGAAAGUGGAUUUUGUUCUUAUGCGGGAGCCUUCCUGCCAAGACCUCAACAAGCUUUCAGAAGCAAUUCUCAACCUGACGUUUUGAACUAACAAAUUUCUAAUACCCUAACCUGGACACGCACAUGGGGGGGGGGAGCCUUCAUGGCAGCUCUAAACAAGAUGGUUUUGGACUAUCCGUGCGAGUCCUUUGAGACCCCACCUGCUGAUGAGAGAACUGCGGAAGACACCUUUGCCGUCUUAACACUGUGAUAAGAUGACGUUGCCCUUUUUUGUACCAAAAUUAUGGAGUCCUUGGCUGACAGAUCACUUCCCUUUUACUAGCCGGGAGCAAAAUCUCUUAGUUUCAGAAAGAAGUGGUCUUCAGAGUCACACCGAAGUAACUCAGGGUUAAGUUACUCUACACAAUAUGGCCAUUGUAUGGCUCGCCAAAAGUAUGCAGAGCAAUAGCGAACCCUGUAGCACAGCUUCCUUCUCUCAUAGAAGGAAGUUCCACUGUGAAUAUUUAACAUUCCAUGGAUCAUUCCUGCCCUAAAAUAACAUCAGGAAUUGCUCUACGAGAGGCGUUCGAAGUAGGAUUCCAGACGGUACAUGAGGGUUGGGCAGCUGGUAGCUCUCUUAGAUGCCGGACUCUUAACUCCCAUCAGUCGUAGGCAUUUAUGAAGGAUUAUGGGAGUGAUAGUCCAGUCAUCUUGGAGGGCCACGUGUUGUCCAUCUUUGGUCUAUGCAGCAAUACAGUGGGUACAGUUUCUGGGAUUAAAGCCAUGACUCCCAGUACAAUUUUUAAAAAGGUAGGGAGGUAUUAGGGUAGCUUACUUUAGGUCUUGUUGAAAAAUAACAACUGGGAAACGGAUUCUUUUCCUUCCAGAGUGGGGGAAGAAAAUAUAGUGGCCCAAGUAAAGGUAGCAAAAUGACAAGAAAGUGCCAUUUUAAAUUGCAGCUCAGUUCCUUGAAAAAUUGUUUUUUACUAUUUGAAUUUCGAAAUAUGGUCCUCUAAACAUAACUGAGCAUAUUCUCCAGAUAUGAAAGAUAUCUGACAUUUUUACCGUGGAGAUUUUUUAAAAGUCCCUUCUGAAAUUAAGAUCAUAAUGAAACUUCUUAGAUUUUUUUAAAGUGCCAAAUUAUUCAAAACAGAUACCCAUCCCACAAAAAAAAAAAACAUUGAAAGGAACCUUCAAUAUCCUGUUUAUUCUAGAGAGAGAGAGAGGAAAAAAAAGGAAAUUGUGCAUUGUUUUUCACAUUCUCAAUCAAAGGCGGUGAGAGGUAGAAAAAGAGCUUUUGCUUUCUUCAUAGAAACUUGAAUAAUUUUUGAAAGCUAGCUAGGAAUUUGUGAUUUCUGACCAAACGAUAUUUCUCUUGAUCUAAUAAUAAUGAAUUUUGAUAUUGUACAGCAAAAGGAAUAUAAUGCCAUUCAGGAGGAAUGAUUCCCAGCUUGGAAAA